GCCUCAUUCACUCACACACUCCAUCCUCUGCUAAAGCUCUUUACUUUGCGCAUGUACAGCUAAACUGAACAUUUCAUCGGCUCCAAGAUGGCGUUAACACCACUGGCUUGCGUUCUCCUCCUCCUGUCCAUCCAAUGCACCUUGGCAGUAAUCCUGAAGUCGGCAGACACGAAACCGUGGGUCAAUGAGUUCGAUUCGGUCGAGCUGUCUUGCAUGAUAGAGUCCAUCUCCACCACCAUUCCCAGAAUAGAAUGGAAGAAGAUAAAGAACGGAGAGCCCAGCUAUGUGUUUUUUAAUAAUGAAAUAGCAGGUGACUUGGAGAGGAGAGCGAAAAUUCGAGAACCUGCAACUUUAUUCAUUACGAAUGCAACAAGAUCCGACUCUGCAGAUUAUCGCUGCGAAGUGUCUGCCCCCAAUGACCAAAAAUCUUUUGAUGAGAUUCUGAUAUCUCUCGUCGUAAGAGUAAAGCCCGUAGUACCCAGAUGCUCCGUACCCAAAUCAGUCCCAGUUGGCAAAUCAGCAGAGCUGCACUGUGUGGAGGACGAUGGCUUCCCAAAAUCUCGAUAUCAGUGGUUCCGUAACAAGGAGGAAAUCCCAGACGACCCCAAGAGCAGCCCAAAGUUCUUCAACUCCAGUUAUACCCUAAACGGAGAGAUGGGGACUCUGAAAUUCAGUGUCGUCAGAAAGGAGGACGCCGGGGAGUAUUAUUGCAGAGCCAAGAAUGAGGCCGGAUUCUCAGAAUGCGCACCACAGAUGAUGGAAGUUUAUGACAUGAACAUUGCUGGAAUCAUCUUGGGUGUGCUGGUUGUGGUGGUGGUAUUGUUGUGUAUAACAGUUGGCAUCUGCUGUGCCUAUAAACGAGGCUAUUUCACCAGCCAGAAGCAGACGGGAAACAAUUACAAAGCUCCAGCAAAAGGUGACGGAGUGGACUAUGUAAGAACAGAAGAUGAGGGAGAUUUCCGGCACAAAUCCUCAUUUGUCAUUUGAGAGAGAGGCAAAGUCUCAAAAGACAUUCAAAAUUACAUUGAAAGUGAUUGGCGAUUUACCUCGCAGACACAAAUCCCCACACACAAAGGACAUGAAGGCUGGAGCAAGAACAGCACGUGCCUUUAUCAGGGCACAUCGGCAAUGACAUCAACCGUAUUAGCCAAAGGUGACAAAUAAUCCCAAAUUUCCAGUCACUGUUUAACAGACACUAGAUGUUUCUUGUUUUUAUCCUGCUUCUACUGCCCCAGACUGUUUUAAAUUAUUUGCCUUGGUAGUUGUAGCAUCUCGUUAGUUGUAACAAUUUGGUAGAAUCCAAUAUUACUUUUCUGUUAACUUUUCUGUUAUUUCUAAAACAUUUGUUUUGUACUAGCUGAACUAUUUUUGAUGGAAUAUAUUUUAAAAUGCCUAUAGAAAAAUGAUUUACUUUUUUAAAUGUUUGUAAAAUACUAACCUACUUUUUUUAGACUACUUUGCUUGUGAGAAAAAUGAAUAACCAUUUCUAUCCCUGCAUCCUCAGUUUUUGUCAUCUAUCACCCCAAAAUAAUGCAAAAGACAAAUCGACAUUUAGAUGUUUUGUUUCAGAUUUCAAAUCCUAUCAAAAGCAUAUCCAGCUUCACCGAUUUCAAUCAAAGGUCUUAUGUAUUUACUAUACUGCUGGGAUUUUAAUGUUAAUAGUAAAACGACGUUCCAUGUUCAUGUGUGUAGAUAGUCUUAGACUGCGAGUAUCUUUUGGAUAAACACCGGCAAAAAGCUGGAGAAUUUUAUGAAAGACCAGUGCUACGUAUCAUUGAUUUUAAGUGUCCUUCUAUGCUUACUGUUUAUCUUGUAUAUAGUGAAUAUACUGUUUAGGUUGUUUAUUUUUUUAUUUUCUCUCUUUGUCUUUUUCUUAUUUGAGUGAGAAACACUCCAUCUUACUUUUCAUUAUAACAGGGUUUAUUUGUGGGGUUGUAUAUAGAUCCACUGUGAGCUACACUGUGAUUAGAAAGCUAUCAGUUUAACCAAACAUUGACAAUUAUUCUCAAUGGGGCAAAUAUGAAGCUCUUUCCAUGAAAAACUAUUUAGACAAAGCCGGUCAUGGUACAGAGAGGAUCUGCCUUGUUAAAUACAUUUGAUAGCAUAAACCUACAUCAUAUUUUGACUUGCAAAAAACUUUUCCUUUCAUAGCAGUGAUGAUCAUUUUUCAUGCACAAAUUCAACAUGAAGAAGGUGUUAAGAGUACAAUCAUAACUAAACUCACCUAUGUUUUUUUUUAUAUGAGACCAUGCAUGACCUACCAUGUGUUCAUGUAACUUUUGUAAAGAACCAUAAAUCAUUCCUCUUAAGUGCCUUCCUCUUUCACAAUAGCCAUGUGAAAUCUAUUAAAAUGCAGUAAAAUUGACAGAUUACCAUGUCCAGGAAAUAUAGUACUAUAACCACACCAGCUGUUAAAAAAAGAUUUCUGUCUUUUAACUAUGUGGUUACUUACUGUUAAAGGGGUCAUAUCACGCAUACAAUUCACGUCAGUUCGUGGUGUGAGUUGACUAAGGUUCUGUAGUGUUCUUUAACACUACAGAACCAAAAUGUCGGUGAAACUCUGAUCUCACUAAGAGGAAAUGUGACAUUUCUUUCUUUUGUAAACACAACAGGGUUACAACUAAAUGCGUGGAGUAAUUGCAUAAGAUCAUUCAUUACUUGCAUCACAGUUCCUAACCUCACCUGUGCUCAAAUAGUUUACUUUACAGCUUUGUUCACACAUAGCAUCAAUACAGGACUUCAGGAGUAUUUUAACAAGUGGCCCUAGUCACACAUGGCUUCCGUUGUAGCUGUUAAUGGAAAUUGAUUUUUGAAUUCACAUUCAUCACUCUCAAACCGCAUCAAUAUUCAAAAAAGGUGUUUGAGAGGAAUGAUAACAUUCUGCGCUCAAGAUAAUACGUUUAACACGCAUAUCUCAUAUAAAAUAAUGGUUUUAAUUUGUAAAUAGACAUGUUGUCAUUUGAGUAGAUAUUCCAUUAUGUAUUAGUGCCUAAAUGUAGAGUAAAGAGGGACAGAGGACUAGUGUUUCAUUGGUAAAUUUUUCUUAUUUUACUAGCUAAAUAAUACCUAUAAUUACCUUCAAUUAAGAACCUUAAAAGCAAGGUACUACAUAACAAAUGCUAGAUCUCAACAUGUCACUUGUGUACUGCGAGGGGAACAACAAAUCAAUUGUUUUGUGGGUUUACAAAAAGCAGGGAGAGCUGUACCAAAUACUGACUGCCAAAAGACUAUUAUCUCCAUUUCCACUACGAUUCUGCUCCCAGUUCUUUUUUAUUUUGUUUGUUUCUCCUGAGUAAGAUUUUCGGAGACUGAGUUCAGAUGUUUUUCACACAUUUUAGUUUAUUUGCAGUUUGUGGUUGUUUUUGGAGACAGCUGGAAUUUUAGAUAAACAUAUUACACUCACUGAAUUAAGUCCCAUUGCUUUGGGAACGGUACAAAUCCUGUGUGCAUUCUUGAAAAGUAUGUUUGUGAUUAAUAAAACUCACUUUCUAAAAUCUC